AUUUUUUGACAUUUCGUUCGCGUUUGCUCUGCGUUUCGACGUCGACGAUUGUGAUAAUUCGAUUCUUGGUGAUGAGAAAUUGGGAUGUGUUUUUAUUAAUGUGAUUACUAAUUGAAUUUAUUACAUACCUAGUUUAUGAGUAUUCUAUCAAACGUUUUAUUUGGAAAGUGAUUGCUGUGAAUCGUUUAUUCUACAUAAAGUAAUUGCUUUCCUCCUGUGAUUUACAGUUUACAGUAUUUUUGUGUGCUGUUACCUCUAUUGGAAUAGUUUGUUGGUAAAUUACCAAUGCUAUUGGCAUACUGUAGCACUAUGAAGCCGCAACAAUGACGAAACAUUUCUCCAACGGUCACAUGACAUUCAAUGACUAUUUUAUGAUGUAUCUGGCGAGAUGGAAGCGUGCUGCGGUUGUACUGCUUUUUGUCUGGAUUGGUGUAACAUAUUUAGUUAUAUCGCCACUCAGAUGCAACGGCUCAGAUGAAGUGCUGGAGUUCCAGGAUAGACUGAGAAGGGUCUCAUCCCAAUUAGAAACACUAAGGCAACAGCACAGCAACCUAAUUGCGCAGAUAAGGAAGAGCUCAGGUUUAAAUGGUAACCUGAAGGACAUUGAUACCGGGGCCUUGUUCCUAGAAACAGGCCACGGUCCAACAGAAGACUAUGAGAAUCUCAGAAGGAGGGUGUAUUCGAACACCAAAGAACUAUGGUACUACAUAAACCAUGAGCUGAGCAAAGUGUUGUAUGACGACAACAAGGCGGAGAAGAUUAAAACGAUACUGGACCAAGUGGCUGAAAGAAAAAGAUCUUUGCUGUCAGACCAAGAGAAGCUUCCAGAACUGGAUGGCUACCACGAGUGGCGGCAGCUGGAAGCGGCAAAUGUCUCCGACCUCGUACAAAGGAGGCUCCAUCACUUGCAGAACCCGCCCGACUGCAGGGACGCGAGGAAACUCAUCUGCAACUUGAAUAAGGGCUGCGGCUUUGGCUGCCAGCUUCACCACAUAGUGUACUGCCUGAUAUUCGCGUACGCCACGGAACGGACGCUCAUCCUCAACUCCAAGGGAUGGCGGUACAACAACAAGGGAUGGGACUACGUGUUUCAUCCCAUAUCGGACAGCUGCACCACGGCUUAUGAUGACAAAGUCAUACAGUGGCCAGUGUCCUACGAUGCAAAGGUGGUGUCACUGCCGUUCAUCGAUUCAAUAUCGCAGAAACCCAAGUUUUUGCCGCUGGCCAUACCGAAAGAUUUAGCUCAUAGGAUAGUUCGUUUCAACGGCGACCCGGCGUCGUGGUGGGUGGGCCAGAUGCUGAAAUACGUGCUCAAGCCGCGCGCCUCGCUGCAGAAAGCCAUCAACGAGACCAUCGCCAAGAUGAACUUCAAGACGCCCAUUGUGGGCGUACAUAUACGAAGGACAGAUAAAGUGGGCACCGAAGCGGCGUUCCACCACAUCCACGAAUAUAUGACACAUGUCAAGGAUUACUACGACCAGCUUCAGCUCACGCGGACUAUAGACGUGAGGCGAGUCUACCUUGCCACCGAUGACGCUAACGUGCUAGAAGACGCACGUAAGAAAUUCCCCGAGUAUGAGUUCCUUGGCGACCCGUCAAUCGCUAAAACGGCGGCCACGCACCGCCGCUACACGCCGCUGUCGCUUACGGGACUGCUGGUGGAUUUACACAUGCUGUCUAUGUGCGAUUAUAUCGUCUGCACGUUUAGUAGCCAGGUCGGCCGCGUGGCGUACGAGAUGAUGCAAACUAACCGCGUGGACGCGUCCAACGCGUUCUUCUCGCUCGACGAUAUUUACUACUUCGGCGGGCAGAACGCGCACGACCGCGUCGCUGUAUUGCCCCAUACAGCUGGAGCGGGGCAGGAGAUCUCACUACAGGUGGGCGACCUAAUCGGCAUAGCGGGUAACCACUGGAACGGUUACGGUCGGGGCACCAACAAACGAACUAAUGUGAACGGUCUAGUCCCGUGGUAUAAGACCGCGGACCACCUCGUCUUAUACCCGUUCCCGGAGUACAAAGAAGUCCCCAUGUACUCCGACACGCGACAGAAGGAGUUAUAGAACUAGCGAGCUGUGAACAACCCAGGUACAGACAACGACACGACAAGCUAAAGUCCGGACGCCGAGCAGAUAGAAUUUCGUCCAAUGACCCCGAGCUACCCAUCCUUAUCGCUCGCACGUAAUUAUAUUGCUGUCGCGACUGUGCCACGAGCGGCCGCAGUGAGUGUGCGAGCGCGACAGCAAUAUUAUUACGCGCUCUAUCUGCUCGGCUACCGGACUUUAAACAGUACCUAAUGUAGUCGCAAUAAGUGCUGUUUUGCAACUACAAUGUACGUCUGAGGUGCUGUCGACUGUAGUUUACGUUUUUGCUCAAGACUUCACGGAGUGCGACGAAAUUUUUGUAAUUAGGUGUACAGUUCUUUCAAUAAAUGUAGGAGGCGUAUUGUGGUGUAUAGCCAGGCGAUUUUGAAUCUUAUGAUAUUGAUCGUACGAUUAGGCAUUAAAAUAACAUACGAUCAUUUUGUUCGAUUAAUAUCUAUUUUCCAAAUCUAUUUUAGUAUUGAAACCUCACACUACUUUAAAUAAAACAAUUUUAAAACAUGUUUUCAUAUUUAUUGAAAGAACGGUACGCGCCUUUUAACAGUUUAGUGUACAAAUUGACACAUGAAAUGACCCCUAAAGUAAUGCUUAGAACGCACAGUAAUAUUGGUUACAUUAAAAUUCAUUUUAAGGUUUAUUCGCAUUGGAAUCUUGAAAAGUGAUCUGAAUUUUACUGCACUGUAUUUUGUUGUUAGUGUAUUUUAAAUUUGUGUCAGUAAGCGAACAGUUCGACCGUGCUUUCUUUGAAUGUAGUAAUUCCUAACAAUCUUGGCGGUUAUGAAAAAGUAAAAACAUGAGUACAAUUUUUAAUAAUCAAUGAAGAAGUUAUCGGCAGAAGCCUUAGCUUAGAGAGAAUUCGAAAGAUAAUGAAUUAAGAAAUUCUUUGUUCACGUGACAUUGGAAAACGUGGAAAUGUUGCAGUCAAAACUCAUAAUCAACAGAAACAUCACGAGAGAAGAAGAAGAAAGAAUUAAGAAUUGAGCAAAAAGAUAUUAUUGCUGUCGCCUGCCCCUGUCAGGUGAUAGCAGGAUUUUCUUACUCUUAUGUAAAUCGAUAGGUAAGACUGAAGAAUAAACAGCAGCAUAAAUAUAAUAAUACAGGGUGGAAACGAUAAGUGAUCUCACUCGAUUAUUUCUAAACUAUACAAGAUAUCGAAAA